UUCACUCAUUGAGAGAGAGAGAGAGAGAGAGAGAGAGAGAGAGGGAGAGGGAGAGGGAGAGGGAGAGGGAGAGGGAGAGAGAGAGAGAGAUGGCUAACCUCUACCCGAGCUCCAAAGCUGUGCAUGAAGAGGAGGAUCUUAAUCAUGUUCCUCCGCAAGAGAAGGAACUUGAUGCUGGUGCUCUUUUUGUGCUUAAAUCCAAAGGGUCAUGGAUACAUAGCGGGUACCACUUGACAACAUCAAUUGUAGCUCCAGCGCUGUUGAGCCUCCCAUACGCAUUUGCAUCCCUUGGCUGGGCCUCCGGAAUCAUGUGCCUGGUGGUCGGAGCAGUGGUCACCUUCUACUCUUACAACUUGAUUUCAUUGGUUCUGGAACACCACGCCGAGUUGGGUCAUCGGCACCUCCGCUUCCGCGACAUGGCUCAUGACAUUUUAGGGCCGAGAUGGGGCCGGUAUUACGUGGGUCCGGUUCAGUUCCUGGUAUGCUAUGGCGCAGUUGUUGGUUCCACGCUUCUGGGUGGACAGUGUAUGAAGGCAAUCUACUUGCUAUCAAACCCAGGGGGAUCUAUGAAGCUUUACGAAUUUGUAAUAAUAUUUGGAAGCUUCAUGUUGAUCUUAGCUCAAAUACCAUCUUUCCACUCGCUGAGGCACAUCAACUUGGUUUCCUUGGUACUAAGCCUUGCCUACAGCGCUUGUGCCACUGCUGGUUCCAUUUACAUAGGAAGUUCAUCCAAGGGGCCAGAAAAGGACUAUUCCUUAAGUGCGAACACUGAAACUCGCGUUUUUGGCAUCUUCAAUGCGAUAGCCAUAAUCGCAACAACAUUCGGGAAUGGAAUCAUCCCAGAAAUCCAGGCAACUCUGGCACCACCAGUGAAGGGGAAGAUGUUCAAAGGACUUUGUGUAUGUUAUGCAGUGCUGAUUGUAACUUUCUUUUGUGUAGCCAUUUCUGGGUACUGGGCAUUUGGCAACCAAUCUGAGGGUCUAAUCCUCAGCAAUUUCUUGGAUCAAGAUGGGAAUGCUUUGGUCCCUAAAGGGUUCAUUUUGAUUACUAAUCUCUUCACUAUUCUCCAACUAUCAGCUGUUAGUGUGGUGUACUUACAGCCCACAAAUGAAGUGCUCGAGCGGACUUUUGCAGACCCCCAGAGCAGCGAGUUCUCCACCCGCAAUGUCAUCCCAAGGCUAAUCUCGCGGUCACUCUCUGUCAUCAUAGCCACAACCAUCGCCGCAAUGCUCCCCUUCUUCGGAGACAUUAAUGCAGUGAUUGGCGCUUUUGGAUUCCUGCCACUCGAUUUUGUCCUGCCCGUAGUUUUCUACAACUUGACGUUUAAGCCAUCCAAGAGAAGCCCUAUUUUCUGGCUGAACGUCUCGAUUGCUGCAGUUUUCUCCGCAAUGGGAGUCAUAGCGGCAGUUGCAGCAGUUAGGCAAAUCAGUCUCGAUGCCAAAACUUUUCGGUUAUUCGCUAAUGUAUAACCAUUGAUACUUAUGCAUUAGGUGAUAUUCUUGAUGUAAAAUUCAUUUGGACUCUCAAUAGUACACUGAAAAGUGAAACACAGAAGUAUAUACAUAUACAAGCAUUCUACUACUUGCCAGAAA